AUAUGAACAAGGGGAGUGGGACUCUCAAUAGUCAAUACCGCGCAAAAUGAAGGCGUUUCGAAUCGUGCCCCAAUUUUUGCCAAAUAUCUUAAACCCUAACCUUUUCCCUAUUACUUUCCCAAAACCCCUUCAUAUUCCUGUCUUUCUCUCUCCUCUGAGCUCAACAAUCUCAACGUUUCGCUCUGUUUUUUCAAGCUCUUCUUCUACACCUUCAAUGGCGGAAAGUGGGAAUCUUACCCCUUUUGAUGGUACCUUAGGCACCCAGUUCGAAAGCUUCCGAACCCAACUCGAUGAGACUAGCAAUUUGCGUGAAAGAAUUCGAAAUGUUGCCUUGGAAAUUGAGUCUGUCACUAGAAUCAUGCAUGCAAAUCUUCUUCUUGUUCAUCAGUCUCGCCCUGUUUCUGAGGUGUUAGAGAAAGCCAAAUCACAAAUUGGUCCGCUUAAGGAGCACUUUAACCGGCUCGCGGAGAUCAUUCGAGACUGUCCUGGUCAGUAUUAUAGGUAUCAUAACGAUUGGAAGAAUGAAACUCAGACAGUAGUUUCAUUGCUUGCUUUUAUGCACUGGUUGGAGACUGGAAAUCUUCUUUUGCAUCCUGAAGCACAAGAGAAGCUUGGAUUGAAUACUCCUGAUUUUGGUCUGGAUGUUGAAGAUUAUUUAGUAGGAAUCUGUUUCAUGUCCAACGAACUGCCUAGGUAUGUGAUCAAUAGAGUGACUUACGGAGACUAUGAUUCUCCAAGGAAGGUGUUGAACUUCUUGACUGAUCUUCAUGCUGCCUUUCGGAUGCUAAACCUUCGCAAUGACUUUUUGCGCAAAAAGUUUGAUGGUAUGAAGUAUGACUUGAAAAGAGUUGAAGAGGUCUUUUAUGAUGUUAAGAUUCGAGGCUUGAUAGAUAAUGAGGAUUCAAAAGGAGAUCAAGGAAGCAAGGAACAACCUUGAGUUGAGGAUUUCUGGAGCUGGGUUUUUGGUCACUAUCCUUGCCCAUGCAUGUUUUAGGUGUUCAAUGCUGCUUGCUGCAGGACGGUGAAAAUAUAGACAUGAAUAUGCUGAUGUGCUUAAUGGUAAAGGUGUAGUGAAAUAUGUAUGCUAAUUUAGUAAUUAAUGAAGUAUGGAAAGAUCUGAGGUGCUAUCAGUUAUCAUGCAACGGUUAACAUUUCCAGUUGCAUGUGCACAUGUUACUUAUAAAAGAGGAACAUGAGCUACCAGGACUUUGCACUAAUUCUGUAGUUCACGAGUCGUAAGACAUGUUUUUAGCCUUCA